GCAACCAAAUCUUGAGGAGAAAACCAAAAAGAAGAAAGAAAGAAAGGAAGGAGAUACAGUUGUUUAGACAGAAAAGAAACUAUGGGAAGGUCUCCCUGUUGUGAUGAAAGUGGUCUCAAGAAAGGUCCAUGGACUCCUGAAGAAGAUCAAAAACUUGUCAAAUUUAUCCAACAACAUGGCCAUGGCAGCUGGAGAGCUCUGCCUAAACUUGCUGGCCUUAAUAGAUGUGGAAAGAGUUGCAGAUUAAGAUGGACAAAUUAUUUAAGACCAGAUAUUAAGAGAGGAAAAUUUUCCCAAGAUGAAGAACAAACAAUUCUCAAUCUCCAUUCUGUUCUUGGCAACAAAUGGUCAGCAAUAGCCAGUCAUCUUCCAGGACGAACCGAUAAUGAAAUCAAGAAUUUCUGGAACACCCAUUUAAAGAAGAAGCUAAUACAGAUGGGAUAUGAUCCGAUGACUCACCGGCCUCGAACCGACAUGUUUGCAACCUUACCUCAUCUUAUAGCCUUAGCUAAUCUAAAAGAGCUUAUAGAUCACCACUCAUUAGAAGAACAUACCAUGAGACUACAAGCAGAAGCUAUUCAAAUGGCGAAACUCCAAUAUUUACAGUGUCUUCUUCAACCUCCAACUACUAGUUCUAAUAUUAAUACCUCAAAUAUCAACAUACCCAAUACUGUUUUCAAUGAGAUUGAAGCUUUCAAUCUCUUGAACUCACUUUCAAUGGAUUUAUCAACGACAACCUCUCUUCCAGGGUUAACUGAUUCCAUACCUAAUUUUUCUCAUUUGCCUGAUUUACAUGUUGAAGCUGCACCCAAUGAGUUUAUGGUAAGGCAAGAAGAUGAUCAUCAUAUAAAUAUUAAAUCAGCUAAUAAUAACUCUACAUGGGUUAAUAAUAAUCCUUCAAUAUCUUCAUCAACAAUUACCACUCCAUCCCCUACUUCUGUUUCGGCCACGGCACCGUUUUUAACACAGAGUUCUUCCAUGAAUAGCAGUUCAAGCUAUGGAGGGGAAGGUAGUACUACAGUUUGGCAAGGUCUUGAUCUACUUGAAGACCCUUUCUUUAAUGAGAUUGCAUAGUUUAAUUUUUGUUAUUUUUAUUUUUAUUUUAUUUUGUGUGAAAAAGGUUUGGAGUUCAUAUUGCACCCAUAUCUACUUCACUUUGUAAUAUUUACAGCACAUAUACAUAUAUAAAACCUUCUGUAUAUUAUGUACACAUUGCACUCUUCACUCAUCAGAAUUAAA